AUGUUUUUUGAAUUGACCACGUUGGAGACAUUCGUGCUGGAAACUGCACAGCUUAAACUCAAUCACACAACAAGCGAAUUAAACAUGAGCAGCAAUUAUGCAAGUAAGAAAUUUUCCUAAUUUAAUAAGUAUGUUGAACAUCAUGUUCAUUGCAUGAAAUAGCCUCGCAAUAACAUUUUAGGACAACAUAUACUAAGCAUGCAAUAAACUAGUUCCCACUGUUCUAUCUGUUUCCACUAAAACCUGAUAAGUUUUUUUUCCUUUAAAAGGUUUAGGUAACCUUUUUCGCCCAUCGAGUCGAAUUAAUCUUUUUUUAUUGUUGAUGUUACUAAUUAUUGUUAUUAAUAUCAUUUUUACACCUUUCCGUUAGAUGUUCUGGUCAGGAAAACUUUCUAUCAAAAUGAAAGCCGCCAUUUUCAUCUGGAUGAACCUCACGGGGAAAAUUUCCUAAGCAUUCCACCGGGAAACUUGGACAAUGGUUUAAAAAUUUAUUUAAAUAUUUCAUGUUCCAAUAUUUUUUUACUUAUUGAUGCAUUUAGCUAUGUUUUCAUUUCAAUUUUAUAAGUUGAUAUAGCGAAAUUCGCGAAAUCGUUUUAUCUUUAUCGCUUUCUCAGGUUCAGUAGUACUUGGAAUGAUAUACAGAGACCUCCAUCAAUUAUUCAUCACUAACCAGAACGAGAACAGUACCCUGAACAAUUCCAGGUCACCAGGCAAUUUUAACUAUACGUACAUUUUCCAUCUUUGUAUGCAUAAACGACUGAUAAAUUUCCCUCACGCAAAAAACUGAAGGGUUUUACGUUAAACAAUUUAAAUCUAAUUCUCUUCUGUAUACUUGAAACUAUGCAUUUGGAGUUUAGUGAUUCUUAUUUUCAUUGCUCCGAAAUAGGGAAGUCACCUCCAUUAUUAUGGCUGCCACAAUAACUCCUCUGCCCACGAGACUACAGGAAAAUAUAACUUUGAAGUUCAAAAACAUUAAGGUAGCGGGACUUACGCUUUUCUUUUUCUGCCGAUUCUGCUAUACCUUGCCAUUUCUACUUGAGAUUAAGUGACUCAAUUAGCUGUUUGAAAUGAAAUUCGCUUAUUUUCAGAAUGAAUUGUUUAUGAAUUCUAAUUUCGCUAGAUUUCGAUUUAUAGUGCAAAUUGUGUUUUAUCAUAUAAUUCUUAAGAUUUUCUUUUCCUAUUAUUGUUUAAUUAUUUUAGAAUUCAAAUAACAAGAAAAAGUGUAUGUUCUGGAACAUGUUCGAUGAUAGGUAAAUAUUGUUUAAUGUCCCUCAGUUUCUUUUUCCUUUUUUUUCCUCAUAUUUUUUUUACAUUUUUACAUUCUUAUCACGCGGCUAACAUUGGGCUAAUUAAGUGGGAAUAAUGUAUAAUUCAUGCUUACCGGUGUCGUCUCAGGUUGAUGCGGACACUUACCUCUAAAUUAGGUCAAGCCGCGAAAAAUAUCCAGUUAGCUAAAUUGUGUUGCCCUUUGUUCAAUUUUUUCACGUAAAGCUCUCCAGGCAUGGAGAACCAAGUUUUGAGAACUAGUGAAUGCAUGCAAGUACUUACAGGAAUCAUCGUCUAACAACCGUAUUUUGACACUUGGAUAGGUUACAUACAUUAAUAGAUAUGGGGCUCCGUUCGUAUGACUUGUGCACUAGAGUCUCGCUUGAUCGAUAAAUUAUCUAUCUCACGUUUCAGAUCCAUUGGCUGGUCAGGAGAAGGGUGCUAUGUCAAAUCUACUGAUGCAUACCAGACAGAGUGCACCUGCAAUCAUUUGACUCAUUUUGCUGUUCUUCUGGACACAUCAUCUGGAACUGAGACUGGCGAUAUAUCGGAGGUAAGUGUCACCACAACGCCUGCAACUCCCCUGUGUACGAUAGUAUUUGCUGUUAUAUUCAAACAAAUACCUAUUACUUCAAUAUUUUUGUUCUUAAGGUAGAAUAAAACUUCGUUAAUUCGAUGCAUUUGGAUUUUUAAAUCUUUAAAAGUAUUGUUAUUAUUUAUAUUUUCACUUAUUAAAGAAUGAUGAAAAGAACUUGGAAAUUCUCACAUACGUUGGGCUGAUCCUUUCUGUCAUUGGGAUCUCACUGACGAUAAUCAGCUAUGUUACUCUCACGUGAGUUAAGUGGUUAGAAAUUAGAAAUGUGUGUUAGUCAAAACAGUGGACUGAUCGCAAAAAGUUUUCCACUUAUGCUGGGUUCUGUAAAAGGACAGACACAAGUGAUAGUCAGGCCUUACUAACCGCUUUGCUCUUUGUUUGCUCAUUUCUGUGAGUUCUAUGAUGACGAGAAGACCUGGAGCCAUUUACUAUAUUCAUCGAAACAAAAAAAAAAAAACGAAAAAAAAAAAAAAGGAGAACCUGCAUCACUAACAAGAUACUGGCCCGAACUUCUGAAGGAGAAAGAAAGAGUCAUACUGAUAAAAUAAAGGGAAAAACAAUCACCUACAUUGUAAAUAACGAAUUUCUCUUUUAUCUCUUUUUUAAUGUUUUUUUUUUUCUUUUCUUUUCGUGUCUGGUCUUUUUUUUUUCUUUGCGAGCCAGAGACAUGAGAGGACCUUUAUCCCAGAUAAGAGUGAGUCUCGUCGCUUCUCUUGGAGCAGGACAAAUCAUGUUUCUUGCCGGGAUUGGAGCGACUGAGAACAAGGCAAGAAUUCUGUGGAAAUUGAUGUGUCUACGGUCCAAAAAUGGGAAGUUUUAAACAUUUCCGUUUUUUUUUUCUUUCUUUUGAUUUUUUUUUGUCGAAAAUUAGUUUUCCUGUAUUUCAGUUAAAAUCGGGUUUAUUACGAGCUGUGUGUCCUCUGAAUCUUUCUUUUGGAUUGCUCAGUUUCCAAAAAGAGUCAGGACGACAGGCAUUAUUAAUAUUUACGAAAAAAAUCAAUUAUAUAUCAUUGUAUAUAUCAUUCAGGCAGAUUGCAAAAAUCCUUUUUCGUUUUCCAUUUUCUUCAGGUAGGUUGCGUCACAGUGGCGGCCCUUAUGCAGUACUUUUUGAUGGCCGCCUUCUGCUGGAUGAUGGUCGAGGGAAUCUUUCUCUAUCUGUUUAUUGUAAAGGUCUACAACAAUACAAUACAAUAUUUAUUUGCCAUAUACGACAUUUACACAUGGAAAAAAAAAAAUGAAGAAAAUUGAUGACAGAAAAUAAAUGGCGAGAAAACCUGAAAGAAACCACGAGGCUUAUAACAAGUCAGGCUUUCUCACUUAAAAUAACUAAUCUUAUAUUAGAAUUACAAUAUGGACUUAUGGUAAUUAACUUUGACCGCGCACACGUACACACACACACACGCACACACAUAUUAACUAAGUUAGUUAAGAAUUACUGCCUUACAGAAGCUAAUACUUAGAGAGAAGAAAUUCCUUAAGCUUUCUUUUGAAAGAAGCGGAGGAGGGAGAACUAGUUAUGUCAGAAUUUAACGAAUUAUAAAAGUUUGGACCUUGAAAGUAAAUUGAAAACUUCCUGGUGUUCGUUCUGCACAGUGGCAAACGGAAGGACUGAGCAUUCCUAGUAUUAUAAUUGUGGAUUUGAUUAUUCAGUAAAAAAAAGUUAUUGAAUUUGGAAGGGAGUGUAGAGUUCUUGAAUGAAAACAUAAAAGUACCUAAUUGAAACGAAUGGAUAUCAUGAAAUUUUAAGAGUUUAAGUUCCUUUAAAAUAGGGCCAGUAUGCGCAAUGUAUGUAGAAUUGCUUACUAUUCUUAACGCACGUUUCUGUAAGGUUACAAUUCUUUGAAGGUUUGACUUAUAGGUACCAGCCCAAGCUAAAUUGCAAUAAUACAAAUAUGGAAGGAUCAUAGAAUUGUAUAAAGUACGAAGGGAGUGAGUAGAGAGAAAAUACCUAGAUUUAUGAAUAAUACCUAUAGAUUUGGAUAAUUUAUUUGCUGUUAAGGAUAUAUGCGAUUUCCAGGUCAGAUUGUCAUCUAAUAAAACACCCAAAAACAUGGUCUCAGAAACACGAAGAAUAGGCUGCUCAUUUAUGAAAACUUGAAAUUCAAAGGAUUGCUUCUUUUGCCAAGGCUUGAAUACCAUGAAAUUAGUCUUGGCUAAAUUCAAGGAGAGCCGGUUUGCUGCAAACCAGGUUGACAAUUUGUUUAAUUCUCUAUUUAAUGUGUUAAUUAGGUAAACAGGGUCAUUAUGGGAGAUAAAUAAGUUUGUAUCAUCAGCAAACAAGAUUGCAUCAAGCAGGGAAGCAUUGUUCAAAUCAUUAACAUACAGGAUAAAAAAUAAGGGACCAAGAAUAGAACCUUGAGGCACCCUACAGGGAAUCCCCUGUGGGGCAGAUCUAACGUUAUUAAAUUCGACAAAUUGUGUCCUCUCAGAAAGAUAACUUUUGACCCAUUCUAGUGCCAGACCACGGAUCCCAUAAUGAUUGAGUUUUUCAAAAAGAAUGUCGUGAUUUACCGUAUCGAAUGCUUUCGAAAGAUCUAGGAAUACUCCAAUGGCAUGUUCUUUUCUAUCAAAUGCAGAAGAAAUUUUGUCACACAAAUCGAUAAGCGCAAGGCUAGGAGAGCGAUUUUUUCUAAAGCCAUAUUGAUUAUCACAUAAGACAUCGGAGUCAUUGAGAUAAUUCAUAAUACGGUUGUAAAUUAUUCGUUCCAAAAACUUUGAAAAGCACGGUAGAACAGAAAUAGGUCUGUAGUUGCUGAAGAGAGUUUUGUCACCUGAUUUAAAAAUAGGUAUGACACGAGCAAUUUUCAAAUCAUCCGGAACGAUACCAUGAGUAAUGGAGAGAUUUACAAUGUGUGUUAAUGGAGAGGAAACGCUGCAUAUAGAUCGCUUUAUGAUAGACAUAGGGAUAUUGUCAUACCCAGCCGAUUUUCCCGCCGGAAACGUAGAUGCGAUAUCUAUAAUCUCCUCCUGAGUUGCUAAAUUUAGGAACAUUGACUGAGGGAAAUGACCAGGAAGAAAAUUCUUAUACGAGGUCGUAGGUUGAAUUCGUUUAGCGAGGUUUGGUCCAAUAUUGCUGAAGUAAUGACAAAAUCGAUUAGCAAUCUCCAUUGGGUCAGAAAUAUCUUGAUCAUCAACCUUAAACACAGAGUUGGGUUUAGGUCUCAAUUUCUUGCUGUUUAGUACCUCAUUAAGCAGACGCCAAGUGGCUCUUAUAUUGGAUUUUGACUCGCUUAGCCUCUUAUCAUAAUAUAAACGUUUCGCGAUUCGUAGGGAGUGAUUCAGUUUGUUCUUAUAAGUUUUAUAUUUCGUUGGCAACAAGUUAAGAAUGUGCCAUGGAAUUUCAUGGGGUAAGGUACUCUAUGGCUAUUAAAAUAUUCAAACACUUUUAUUACCAUCCUUUUAUGUUGAUCUAGUAACCUAUGUCCCACAACUAAUUUUAGAAACAGUUCCUUCGAAAAAAAUUUCUUUGCUUCUCGCUCACACCAUAUCUUUUGUGCGUCCAUGUUCCGUGAGGACUCCUCUCCGAAUUCAAGAAUACGCGGCCAGGAACAUACUCUAUCACUUAUAUUGCGUAGUACAUUUCUAUAUAGCUCUGACUAGGGGGUUCAAAAGGUAAAUAUCUAAGGUGGAAAGGUAAAUUAUGCCCUUGACAGGUGAGAAUAAGUUUCAAAUCUGAUUUUUGUUUCAAUUCUGUAGGCCUUCCCGCGCUCAUCGUUGCCAUAUCACUGAGUAAUGCAGCUGGAAAAGAUGGGAUCGAAAGUUUUUUGGCUAAUAAAUAGUUAGGAGAGUUUCAUUGUACUGAUCUAAUGUCAUCACACUCAAGUUUCCAGGAACUGAUGUAACACAAGUAUUUUAGAAAAUGAACAACGAACUUGUUACAGCUGAACAAAAUACACGUAUAAAUUAAAAAAAUGAUCCUUUUUCUUUUUUUUUUUUUUUUAUGUACUAGCUUAUUGUUGUGUUCUAAGAUGGAAGACAAAAGUUCUGAGCCUUAAGAUUGGUUUAGAAUCGUAUUGUUUAGGCUUUAAUUAUGGACUCCAUCAUUCAAUAUUCUUUAGAAAAGGCAUUCAAUGUGUGGAAAGUCCAUAUUGGUAUUUCAAGUAAUCAUUGACAAUCACAUCAUCUAUUUAUAGCUUAACCUGUUUUUGUUUUAUUUUGUUUUUUUAUUAAAGCUGCUGGAUGUCUUCUGCCAAUGGUCUCAUCUGGAUAUUUAUAGUAUUUGUCGUGCUGAUUGAAUUUGUAAGUGAAAAUAACCAUGAUUAUCAUUAUCGAAACUAAGAAAAACUUUCAUGGGGUUCACAUGGGUCUAUUUUCUUCUUUAAGUUCAACAUUCUGAUCCUCGGGCGGGUUAUCAAGGAGAUGGUGACUAUGCAACAAGAGAAGGACAAACGUAGCGAACAAGUAAGGUAUGGUCUUCUCCAUGGAAGGAAAUCCGGUUUCCAGAAUGUUGGGUCUUGGAAUCAGCUCCUUCUCUGAAAACAACAAUCUGGAAUCCAACCUUUUCACAAAUCUACCGAUGAAGAGUCCGAAGUCCGAAAAGGAACAAUGAGACACAAUCUUGAUACAAUUUCUACCUUACAGAGCUUUUUCAUCAACAAUCACAUCAUCAACGGUCCCUUAUUUUGCUUUUUUUUUUGUUAUUGCUGUUGUUUUUAUUUUUUUUGUUUUGUUUUAUCCAGACUUGGUGUGAAGGCAUGCAUAGUUAUGAUUCCUCUGCUGGGAAUCUCGUGGUUAUUUGGGUUAUUGGCACCAUUACAUAAAGCUUUCGCCUACAUCUUCACGAUCCUCAACUCUACACAGGUGAGAUGUAGAUGAAUGUCUGUGGAGAUCAAAAGACGUUAUAUUUUGUCAGAUGCACAGUCCCGGGAACCUUGGGAUGGUGUUAUGUUGAACCCAUUACUCUGCCAACUCAGUGGUUUAAAAACUGUGUAAAUCUCGUGAAAAUCAUAAUCAAAUCAUCAUCGUCAUAAUUUAAAAAAACUUCUCACAUCCCUUUAAUUCAACAGGGUUUCGUGAUCUUUCUUCUUCACUGCGUGAGGAACAGCGAGGUCAGUGAUUUAUCGCUUAAAAUUGCAUCACAAGGUCCGGUCUUAUAUCAGUUUUUAAAAUUACAAUGGAGACCAGGAAGUGCUAUUUAAUUUCAAUGCCAUUUCAAAGAAAUUAAGCCCUAGUUCAAAGGGCUCGUGCAUAGAAACGGACUAACUGGAAAGCAAAAGCAACAUAACAAACGAAAGCACUAUAGGACCAAAAUUAUCAUUGUACUCACAUGUUCUCUAGGGUAUGGAGCUCCACAAGUGCGCAUGAGCUCCACUGUUAAACAAAUUUUCGUGUCUGAGGAUGAGGGUGGGGGAAGAAAGAAUAAAGGACAUGGAUUCCAGAUCAAGAGUCAGAAUAUAAAUUUAAUGUUGAUUAUAUUUCCUAGAGAGAGAAAAUAAAAAGAAAUUAUACGACAUUUUUUACAUUUUAUGUCGAUACCUGUGCAGAUUAACUCCAGGUAGCUGAAUUAUGUCUAAUUUAGUUGUGACUUGUGAGAAUUGGCUGUUGUUGAAAGCCUGUACAUCACUAAGUCGAGGAAAAAAAGAGUACGACUUACAAACUCCUUGAAUGCGAUAAUGUGGCUAAUUUAACUUGCAAUUUGCAGGUAAGAGCUCGUUUGAGAAGAAGGAUUCAGGCCAUCUUGCCAGCAAUGGAUGAUGGAACUAGCACUAAACGAACAUCUGUAAUGCCCUCAGAAGUAAAUGAGGAUUCCACAGCCAUUGCUGCGCCGAGAAAAAUAAAGGUUCACCCACUGAGUGACGGCGAAAAAACUAAAAGAGUCUCGAACAAAACCUCUAUGUAG